UUGAGAUUCUUUGUGCUAAUGUUGUCUGAUAUGAUAAACACUAUCAGGGCUUGAUAAUGCUAUCAGGUAGAUAGCCUGUGCUGUGAGACCAUUAUUCAUGUAGUGUACGUCAACUUUCGCCGAAAACAAGUGAUCAGUUUUUGUUUGUUGGAGUUACCAGUUCCUUUUCAAUAUUGUACGCGGCGUCCACACUUGGCUGUUUUACUAAAUACACGAGUUUAUAGCACUGCAAAAUGCCCCGUGGUCGGGACGAAAUGCAAGUAAACGUGGCGGGCCUAAGGAGAAAUAUUAAAAACCUCGCGCACAACUACUCGGAUGCUCAGGUAAAAGUGCGCGAAGCAACCUCGAACGACCCAUGGGGCCCCUCCAGCACUCUCAUGGCGGAGAUCGCCGACCUCACGUACAACGUGAUGGCUUUCACGGAGAUUAUGCAGAUGAUCUGGAAGCGCCUGAACGACCACGGCAAGAACUGGCGGCACGUGUACAAGGCGCUGGUUCUCAUGGAGUACCUCAUCAAGACGGGCAGCGAGAAGGUGGCCAUGCAGUGCAAGGAGAACAUCUUCGCCAUCCACACGCUCAAGGACUUCCAGUACAUGGAGGAGGGAAAGGACCAAGGUCUCAAUGUGCGAGAGAAGGCAAAACAGCUAGUUAACCUUCUGAAAGACGAAGAGAGGCUGAAGAACGAGCGAGCGCGCGCGCUGAAAGCGAAACAGCGCUUCGCUCAGAGCGCGAGCGCUUUCGGCAGCGACGGCGCGCUCGACACGCCUUCUAGCCCCACCUACCCACCAGUAGAGACGCCAGGCGGCGGCGCGGAAUGGGCGGGACGGGACGCGGAAUUGGCGCGGCCGCUGACGGCUGGCGAGGAGGAGCUUCAGCUGCAGCUGGCUCUGGCCAUGUCGCGCGAGGAGGCCGAGCGCGACGAGCGCCGCCGCCGCUCCGACGACGUGAGGCUUCAGCUCGCGCUCAGCCAGUCGCAGCACGACUUCCAGACGCCAGACUCCACGUCAGGCAGCAGCAGCAACCACAAGAAGCCGGAGCCGCAGCAGUCGCACCUGUUAGACUUGCUCGACGUGAACUUGGGAUCGCCCGCGUCCGCGCCCGCGCCGCUCCCGCUGGCCGACCCUUGGGGGCUGCCGCCGCCGCAGAAUCAGGAGACGUCAUCGGACGCGUGGUCAGCCGUGGGCAGCCCCGUGCGGGACCCGUGGGCCUCGGAACCCGCCGGGCCCACGCCGGCUGACCCGUGGGCACCUUUGGCACAGAGCAAGUCGCCGGUGUCGGUGUCGUCGCCGUCGUCGGGCUCGCUGGAGCAGUUCGACGCGCUGUCGCAGCGGCCCGCGCCCGCUGACCCCUUCGAGCUUACCGCGCUCAACGAGCACCUAAACAGCAAGCCAGUCUCGCCAGCCAGCACGGGUGCGGUGAAGAAGUCUCCGUCCGCCUUCCUGGGCGAGAACUCGGCGCUCGUGAACCUCGAGCGCCUGCUGCAGCCCGCCGCCGCCGAGCCGCCCGCGCCCAACCCCUUCGGCGAGGCGCGCCACAUGUUCGCCAGCCCGCAGCCCCACGGCGCGGUGAACAAGUCUCCGUCCGCCUUCCUGGGCGAGAACUCGGCGCUCGUGAACCUCGAGCGCCUGCUGCAGCCCGCCGCCGCCGAGCCGCCCGCGCCCAACCCCUUCGGCGAGGCGCGCCACAUCCAGCACGGCGCGGUGAACAAGUCUCCGUCCGCCUUCCUGGGCGAGAACUCGGCGCUCGUGAACCUCGAGCGCCUGCUGCAGCCCGCCGCCGCCGAGCCGCCCGCGCCCAACCCCUUCGGCGAGGCGCGCCACAUCCAGCACGGCGCGGUGAACAAGUCUCCGUCCGCCUUCCUGGGCGAGAACUCGGCGCUCGUGAACCUCGAGCGCCUGCUGCAGCCCGCCGCCGCCGAGCCGCCCGCGCCCAACCCCUUCGGCGAGGCGCGCCACAUCCAGCACGGCGCGGUGAACAAGUCUCCGUCCGCCUUCCUGGGCGAGAACUCGGCGCUCGUGAACCUCGAGCGCCUGCUGCAGCCCGCCGCCGCCGAGCCGCCCGCGCCCAACCCCUUCGGCGAGGCGCGCCACAUCCAGCACGGCGCGGUGAACAAGUCUCCGUCCGCCUUCCUGGGCGAGAACUCGGCGCUCGUGAACCUCGGCGAGGCGCGCCACAUGUUCACUAGCCCGCAGCCCGUGAGUACACCGCUAGCCUGUCCUCCAGCCAGCACGGCGCGCCAGCACGGCGCGGUGAACAAGUCUCCGUCCGCCUUCCUGGGCGAGAACUCGGCGCUCGUGAACCUCGGCGAGGCGCGCCACAUCCAGCACGGCGCGGUGAACAAGUCUCCGUCCGCCUUCCUGGGCGAGAACUCGGCGCUCGUGAACCUCGGCGAGGCGCGCCACAUGUUCACUAGCCCGCAGCCCGUGAGUACACCGCUAGCCUGUCCUCCAGCCAGCACGGCGCGCCAGCACGGCGCGGUGAACAAGUCUCCGUCCGCCUUCCUGGGCGAGAACUCGGCGCUCGUGAACCUCGGCGAGGCGCGCCACAUCCAGCACGGCGCGGUGAACAAGUCUCCGUCCGCCUUCCUGGGCGAGAACUCGGCGCUCGUGAACCUCGGCGAGGCGCGCCACAUGUUCACUAGCCCGCAGCCCGUGAGUACACCGCUAGCCUGUCCUCCAGCCAGCACGGCGCGCCAGCACGGCGCGGUGAACAAGUCUCCGUCCGCCUUCCUGGGCGAGAACUCGGCGCUCGUGAACCUCGGCGAGGCGCGCCACAUCCAGCACGGCGCGGUGAACAAGUCUCCGUCCGCCUUCCUGGGCGAGAACUCGGCGCUCGUGAACCUCGGCGAGGCGCGCCACAUCCAGCACGGCGCGGUGAACAAGUCUCCGUCCGCCUUCCUGGGCGAGAACUCGGCGCUCGUGAACCUCGGCGAGGCGCGCCACAUCCAGCACGGCGCGGUGAACAAGUCUCCGUCCGCCUUCCUGGGCGAGAACUCGGCGCUCGUGAACCUCGGCGAGGCGCGCCACAUCCAGCACGGCGCGGUGAACAAGUCUCCGUCCGCCUUCCUGGGCGAGAACUCGGCGCUCGUGAACCUCGAGCGCCUGCUGCAGCCCGCCGCCGCCGAGCCGCCCGCGCCCAACCCCUUCGGCGAGGCGCGCCACAUGUUCGCUAGCCCGCAGCCCCCGCGGCUGACGAUCAACGAGCUGAAGCAGCAGCAGCUGGGCAUGACGGGCGUGCAGUUCCCCGCGCCCGCACCAGCCGCGCCCGCGCCCACGCUGCACCAGGCCGCGCUCUCGCAGCCGCCGCUGCAGCAGAUGGGAGCCGUGGCCGCCGACCCCUGGGCGCCGGUGCCGGCUCCGCGCAGCCAGAGCCCGUGGUCGCCGCCGCAGACGCGGCACACGCCCAACCCCUUCCUGUCCUAGCCGCCGCCACUCUGGGGUGGGAGUUAGAAGGAGUGCUGCUGAGAGGCUGAGCCUCCGGCGACCUGCAGGAGACCAGGCCCUCCGCUAUUGGACACCGUUGACGACCUCGCCCACGGGAGUAUGACGCUCGUGUUGGACCAAUAUACCUGUCUGCUUCUGUCGGUGACUGCAUAAAACGUUCUGUAUCAGCUGAGUAAAAAGUAAAGCGCAGAUAAAAUAUUUAAACAUGAACGUCACCUAUUAUGGGACAAACAAGUGGUUUUCCAAGUUCAAGGUACGGAUGUAACAAAACAAAAUACCAGUUAUAUUUGUUUUUCUUGAUACUCGAGUCAUUUUAAUGCAUUGACUUUUUACGCAGUUGUUUUGCAAACGAAUGGAAUCUUACCAUCAGUGACUGGAUGUUUGGGCUGUACCUAAAUUUGUGAAAGAACAAUUGGACAAGCCUUGCGGGAAAAAAUGCGUAAAGAUAACCCUAGUAAUGCGCAUUUAGUAAAUAAUUGUAUAAUUACUCAUGAUGUGUCCAAUAGGCUUAAGCGCCCCACAUUCGAUCGCUGGCUAUAAUCACGUCGUCAACUUAUAUUUUAUUUAUUUGAUAAAUAUGUUUUAUUUAUUAUACUAUUGUGAUUUACCCUUUAUAUUGUAUACAAAGCCUGGUCUCCCGAUAAAAAGAUAAUAUCAGUAUAAAUCCCCCGUAAAUCGCACUUCAACUAUUAAAUUAUUUUGACACUUCUACUAUUUUUCUGUUUAGAUACAGAACUAUUAGUAAAAUUUAACAUUUUCGAUUGACAUGUUCCAAUGUAUCAACUUUUUUAUUCCACUAAAAAAUAAAUUGCGUUCAUACUACUAGGUUUAAAUUUUGCACUUAAAUAGUAAAUCUCUUGUCACAACUUUUGUUGAAAAGUCAUAAAAAUACCUUGAUUUAGUUAUACUUACCUAAAACUGUUUAUGUACUCUUCGUUUAUUUUGUAAACCUUUUUGUGUGGUAAGUGGGAUAUCAUGAAAAUACAGUGUAAGAAUGUACCGUCACCAGCGCAGGCGGCGCCCGCCGUCUCCGCUGCUAACCGUACCCGGUGGUAGGUUAACAAAUUAAAGUAAGACAGUUAGAGGUACAGUAUACAAAUAAUGUAUAAUGAAGUGUUUUCAUAGACUGGAACUCGCUGUGACGAUCGUAAUAGUUAGCGCUGACUCGGCCGGGUUCACGCGCGGCGCUUAGAACAAAUUAUGUAAGUAGGGCUCGCCACUCGACGUGUCCGACGCACGGCAAGCUGGGCUGUCUCGCUAGCUGUAAUUAGAAUAUCUUAAGCACCUCUACCUUUUCCUAGAUUCAUCUAAUUAAAUAAAUUUAUAUGUAUAUCAAGAUAAUUAACUCUAAUUAAUUUAAAAUAAUUAAGUUAACUCAUAACACUGAGUGUUGCGAUGGAUUUUAAGUCUGAUUAAUAUAAAAAAAUGAAAUAAACUACAAAAAUGUAUUAUAUACGGAUGCGCGCGCCUGAACCUGGCAGCAUGUAGCAAUAGACAACGUAGAGACCCGCGGCUGAUGUUUAGGGCCUCUUCACUGGUGGAUGCAGAUGUAAAUUAACUAAUUAAUCUAGAAAUUAAAGGCUAAUCGCUACUAUUUUUAAAUAACUAAGGUAAAUGGGCCCUAAAUAGCGAAGGGUAUAAAGAUUUUGUAAGGUACAACGGAAUUCGUAGCGCAGUUGGGAGUUUCUGAACCUAUCACAGCUGUCAUUUAAAAUGCAUUUACAUUUGUUACAUUUUGAUAGAAUUCAGUUUUAAUUUUCUUAUUAUCAAGACAAUCUUCAGACCUAAUGAAAAGUACGAGCUGAAAGUUGAACCCUUUUAUUGUAUAGUUUAAGAUUGUAAAUCAAUUUAUUGAUUGCUAAUAAUUUUCAUCAAUAGAUAUUAUAAAAGGAAUGUGAAACCCUCAACAGCGCUACGAACCCGACUCUAACGUCCAUAGUCGGCGACUAAGGAGUAAGGUCUCGAGUUGUAAUACGUGCCUUAGAUACCAGUUUUGUAAAUGAUAAUGUUUGUCGCCCUCCAGCCCGACGGCUCCUUGAUGACGUCAUGUCACUUGUGAUACCAUCCUUCUACUUAAUCCUUGAUUCACCUCGCAGACAGCACAUUCGGUUGCAAAUAGUCAAACAGAUCAGUAUUAUUUUGCUUUUGCAGCGUUGAUCUUGGAAAAUUUCUUUUCCCGCGAGUGAUGAUUAUGAUUAUUUUUCCUUCCAGUGUCACAUUUAUUUAUAUCUACUUAACGUUAAUAGUAGAAUUUAUUUCCAAACUGGCAACACUUAACAUUGUGACAUAACGUCAUCAACUGUCGGGAUAAAUAUUUAUUGUGAUUUAUUUUAGCGCAAACACUUGCAUCGUAUCGAUAAAUUGUUACAAGUUCCUCCGAGAGUCAAUCUGUACAAUUUAUUAAAGUAAUACAAAAGGAAUACGAAAUAACGAAUUUUAGUAGUAAUCGAGCUGCAGUGUGUCGAUAUUGUUUGAGUGCUUACAGUAAUCGCUAGGAGGAUGAACUUGCCUUUACACUGUCAAAUGAAUUUAAACAAAUGUUUGUUAGAUAAUACACAACAACAGAAGGCAAGUUCAGCUUCAUUUGAUACUAAAAUUAAUUUCACCGCGUACUGUCCAAACCCUGCGCUUUACAACGUGUGUGUGUUUGUUGCGUACAAAAUAUUCCAUUUUUAUAUAUUGUGUUAUUGAAAUAAUUUUACAACCCUCAUUAUUGACGUAGUAUUGAUCGAGUUAAGGUAAAUUAUGUACGUUUAGUCUGCAGCGCAGUGUUGCCAGCGCGGGCUCGACCAUGCCCACUUUAUGUCACACUCGAUAUCACAAGCAGCGUCUUUUUUACACUGUUGCACGUUUUCUCCUAUUAAGAAAAAAUAUUCCGCGCUGGCAACACCGUGCUUUGUUUUUUUUUCGCUUUAUUAUUAACUAGCAGGUUCAAAUGGUUAUUGAUUUUGUUUAUCAGUUAUGUAGAUAAAUUAUUUUUUAAUAUAUUAAUUUUUGACCAAUAAUAUGCAUUGAUGCUAAUCUGUGUGGGUUAUGAUCACAAUUCUAUAUAAUUUUAUUGUGAAGCGUCGAAACGCUGGUGAAAUAUAAUGGCACUCUGUGACGUAUACAAAUUAUUUUAGCAGGGUUUGAAAGUAUUUACUAUGCUCUAUUAUCAAAUCGUCAGACUGCAUGCAUUUGACGUGGUGCCAUUGAAUAAUGCCAUUGAUUGACAGGUAUGUUUGUGACAUUAUAGUUAUUUUGACAAUUUUCACAUGGUAAAUUGAAUAUUUAAAUUGACAUUAAAUAAAAUUAUAAAUAUCGGGAAAACAACUAUUGUAUAAAAUCCAAUUUUCUCGAUAUUCCUUAAAUAAUUUGAUAAUUUAUCAAUGGCACCACGGCAAAUGUAUUUUCUAAUGCCCUUAAUUUUAAAUGCAUUAUUAUGAAAAUUUACAUAGAUAGCAAAAUUGUUUGAAAUCUUUAUCUUUUUGACGUCUAAUAAAAUUUGACAUUGUGAUCAUAAUGCAUUUGUGUCACUAGCUAGGGAGAACUGUAAAGAUUAAUGUAACUAUUUAAUUAAAAUAUAUAAGUUUUUCAAUACAA